UUUCAAUACAUGCUGUAGAAUUGAACAGCUGCCACCUCGUUUUCUUUUCCGUCUCUCUCAAAUUCGCGAUAAUCUUUUUUGCCCCCAAUAUCCUCUAGAAGAUUCUAGACGCUCAUCAAUCUUUCUUUGUUUGUCCUCUCCGCUUGCUCAUCUGAAGGAUAUUGUGGAUACCUUACAUGCUACAAAACUGUUGGAUUCCUAAGGUUAUUUUCUCAUAGAACUCAACCAACUCAAGGAUAUCAAGAAACUUAAAAAGCAAAGCGACAAAGAAAAAACCUUGCGGUCUUUAACGUGGACUAAACCCUAAACCUUUGUCGUCCUCAUUUUUUUAAGAUACAAACAGGGAGAUUUUGCACCCCCCUCAGGAUGGCUUCGUUUGGGUCUCUUAAGCAGGCUAUCUUUGAUAGACAAACGAGAAAACAGCAAUACCAAGAUCACAUACGAGGCCUGAAUGCUUAUGAUCGCCACAAGAAGUUCGUCAAGGAUUAUGUUGGAUUUUAUGGAAGAGAGAGCUUCACACAAGAAAAGUUACCUGUUAAAACAGAUCAGGAUACUCUUAGAGAAGGAUACCGGUUCAUACGAACUGAGGAAGAUGAUAUGAAUCCAUCUUGGGAGCAAAGGCUGGUUAAGCGCUACUAUGACAAGCUUUUCAAAGAAUAUUGCAUAGCUGAUAUGACACACUAUAAGAGUGGCAAGAUUGGUCUGAGAUGGAGGACCGAAAAGGAAGUGAUAUCUGGAAAAGGGCAAUUUGUCUGUGGUAACAAAAAUUGCAAUGAGGGAGAUGGUCUAGCUAGCUACGAGGUGAAUUUUUCAUAUGUUGAAGCAGGAGAAAACAAACAGGCCCUGGUGAAAUUGGUAGCCUGUGAGAGAUGUGCAGAAAAGCUUCUUUAUAAAAAGAGGAAAGAGAAGGAACAAUCUAAAGAAAACCAGAAAGAUAAGCAUCGAAGGAAAAGAGAAAGAACUGUAAGUGAUGAUGACGAAGAGGAGGAUAAAUAUGAACAAAGGAAAGGCAGGAGUAGAAGGUCCAAAGCUUCAACUUCAUCUGAUAAUCCGGGUAAUGAAGAUAAUGAAAAUAUGGAUCAGUAUAUGGAGGGCAUGUUUCCUUGACAGGAGGAUAUUGAUGUUAUUGUAGAGAUUUUACGUUUCAUUAAAUUAGUUUAGAUCGCCAGCUAGAUAUUUUUGUUUGGGCAACUUAUACGAUUAAAGGUAAGGCCAUACUUAUUUCU